AUGGGUGUCCACUCCAACUCAGAUUCUCACACAUUCAAAUUUCCAAACAUCAGCCUCUGCGAUUCCCACGGCCACGAACAUCACACCGUCGUCUCCGACCUCGACGGAACGCUGCUCAUCGGCCGGAGCUCCUUCCCUUACUUCGCAUUAGUCGCUUUCGAGGUCGGAGGAAUUCUAAGGCUUCUUUUCCUUCUUCUUCUCUCCCCAAUCGCAGGAAUUCUGUAUUACUUCAUCUCCGAAUCCGCCGGCAUUCAGGUCCUCAUAUUCGCGACGUUCGCCGGAAUCAGAGUGUCGGAAAUCGAGUCCGUGGCUCGCGCUGUUUUGCCGAAGUUUUACUCCAGCGACUUGCAUCCGGACACGUGGCGCGUGUUCUCGGCGUGCCGGAGGAAAUGUGUACUUACCGCGAAUCCUCGGAUUAUGGUGGAGCCAUUUUUGAAAGAGUAUUUGGGAGCAGAUGUUGUUACUGGGACUGAAAUUGAUGAGUUUAGAGGCAGAGCCACGGGGUUCGUUUCCGUGCCUGGAAUUCUUGUUGGUAAUAAUAAGGCCUUUGCACUUAAGGAAGUGUUUGGGGAUGAUUUUAGACCUGAAAUUGGGAUUGGGGACAGGAAAACUGAUAUCCCUUUUAUGAAAUUGUGCAAGGAAAGCUAUAUGGUUCCGAAGGAAUCGGGAAUCCAGCCGGUCGGUCCGGACAAGUUGCUGAAACCGAUCGUGUUCCACGACGGCCGGCUUGUGCAGAAACCGGGUCCGGUCAGGGCACUUUUGAUCAUUUUAUGGAUUCCGGUCGGGUUCAUCCUGGCCUGUCUGCGGAUGGCCGCCGGAGCACUGCUGCCGAUGUCCAUCGUGUACUAUGCAUUCAGGGCGCUGGGAGUCAGCGUCACGAUUCGCGGCAGUCCGCCGCCGCCGGCGGAGAAAUCCGCAGGCCGGACCGGUGUCCUUUUUGUUUGCUCGCACCGGACGCUUCUCGACCCGAUUUUUCUCUCGACCGCGCUCGGCCGGCCGAUUCCGGCGGUUACCUAUUCGCUGUCCCGGCUCUCGGAGAUUAUCUCCCCCAUAAAAACGGUCCGGCUGAGCCGGGACCGGGUCAGGGAUGCCGACAUGAUUAAGAAGCUUUUACAGGAAGGGGAUUUGGUGAUCUGCCCGGAGGGGACGACGUGCCGUGAACCGUUUUUGCUCCGUUUCUCGGCGCUGUUCGCGGAGCUGACGGACGAGAUCGUGCCGGUCGCGAUGUCGAACCGGAUGAGCAUGUUCCACGGCACGACGGCGCGUGGGUGGAAGGGGAUGGAUCCGUUUUAUUUUUUCAUGAACCCUAGGCCGGGUUACGAGGUGACGUUUUUGAAGAAGUUGCCGGCGGGAUUGACGUGCGGCGGCGGCGGGCAGUCGGGGCAGGAGGUGGCGAAUUAUAUACAGAGGAUGAUAGCGGCGACGGUGUCGUACGAGUGCACGGGGUUCACCCGGAAGGAUAAGUACAGGGCGCUCGCCGGAAAUGAUGGCAGCGUGGCGGCGGCGAAGGCGGCGAAGUCGAAAGUGAUGGGAUGCUGAUUUUGAUGGAAGGGAAUUGUAUGGAAAUUAUGGCUUACUUUAGGUUUAGGGAUGUAGGUGGAUAGGCCAUAGGCUUGUCUUGUUUGAUGGUACUUAGGAUUUUACGAAUGCCCCUAGUGAACUUAGUUUGAAAGGCGUGUAAUAAUUGUCUGUAUCUAUG